GUCGUAAGUCCCUCUUUGAAACAACCAUCAGUCAGUCGUGACGUACUUAUUAUGAGGAAACACUUUGCUGAUAAGUUGGAUCUUGUCAAGAAAAUAUUCACACGGAUCCCUCUGGAAAAUAGCAUAAUCCACAAAAUAUUUUAUGGAAUAAUGGACACGAUCUUGCCGGUAUCCUUCCAAUCACCUGGUGCUAUACGUCGGUGGCGUUUUUGUCCUUCAUCUUGGUGUCUCGCCACAAUGAACGAAAGAGCCGAUAGGCUGAGCCGUCUUCUUGCCUUGCAGCCAGAGUUCAUCGAUUUGGUGACAGCGGCUCUGGUGGAUUCAACUGCUGGAACCUAUAACGCUGCGGCCAAUUUCUUGUUUACCGAAUGCGAUGCGAUCUACCUGACCAGGUUGGCUAAUUUACCACCCAUCAUCCUGGAGUUUCAGACAAAGGUGGGACCUGAACUUUCUUCAUCGUGCCUUCUCCUAUUGUAUGGAAGUCUACAGAAGAUACAAUGUCCUUCCCAUUGCCUUGGUCAUUAAUACAGAUCACUUCGAGCGAUUUCGCUGGUGGGCAAGGUCACAACAACACAACAAUAGAAUGGAAUGUCCACUCUUGCCGAAGGCUGUUUCUUGUUGACGCAAGAUAGAACCAUGGAUUUGAUCGAUUCGGACGAACCCUGCCUCCUCUUGCGGUCGCUGUCCGUUGAUUUUUUUCUUUUAUUUUGGUAUCUCUCAUUCACCAAGCUUGUUCAUAGAUUAAAUUCCCAUGCCAUCUUCAUUUUAAAAAUCAAACAAUGCGGUUUUUAGAUAUGAUACUUUCGCCUCUAUAAUUGCUCGUCUCAAGUGCGAGUUCUUCAGUCAUCUUUAAGGACGUAAUAAAAUGCUUGAAAUUUAUCUCCUCA